UUCCAAUUUGUUUAAACAUAGAGUGAGUUACAGCAAAUCAUGUCAGCUCCAGAAAUCAUUAAUUACACGAGCUGGAGUAAUUAUUCCAAUGAAUUAGCUGGAAUUGACGAGUACUUGGCUGUUGUUCUUGGUCCAAAAAGAUUGCCUCUCAACUGGUUGUUGCCAAUGACUACUGUUUAUGUAAUUAUAUUUAUCUCCGGACUCAUUGGAAAUAUUUGCACGUGUGUCGUGAUUGCAAGCAAUCCAUACAUGCAAACUGCAACUAAUUGUUAUUUGUUUAAUUUGGCCAUUGCAGAUGUUUUGACUCUUAUUUGCGCAAUGCCAUUAGAAUUAUACAGUCUAUGGCAUCAAUACCCAUGGGAACUUGGAAAUUCGACGUGCAUAAUGCGAACUGUUAUGUCUGAAGCCACAGCUUACGUAUCUAUAAUUACAAUAGCUACUUUCAGCUGUGAACAAUAUAUUGCAGUCUGCCAUCCCCUACGUCAGACCACAAAGUCCAAAGUCACGAGAGCUUUUCGAAACAUCAUUAUCAUUUGGAUAUUUUCCUUUGUAGCUGCUGCGCCUUAUGGAUUGUUUACAAAAGUCAAUUAUUUAACG